AUGCCACACCUGUCCUUUGGGGCCACCAAGAUUUCUGUGAGAGAUGGAUCUGCAGCCGUGGAAAACCAGAGACCGAGCGACAUCGAAGAGUCCGGUACAGGGCUAGAGAGAGAACAAGAAGAGGGAGAAAGGCAAAGUGGCAGACCCCCAAAGGGAGGCCCAAGACUUCCAGGCCUAGGACAGGGCAGGGCCAACCCCCCAACCCCCAUCAGCAGUGAUCGCUGUGUUUCCCUUCCCAGCCAGGAAUGGCUUCCUCCGGAGGGGAGUGUGCGGCAGCUCCUGUGUGAAGACCCCUGCUGUCCUACCUGCAAUGACGCGGCUCUGGAGAUUCAGCAGCUGUUAUCAAGUGAGAGCAUCUUACCUCCUUCAGGAGGGCAGCCUUCCCCUUGCAUAGAGAUGUCUAGUAGUGUCUCUUUUGAGGUAUCCAUGCCCACAGUCUCUUUUGGGCAAACUCUGGAAUGGCAUUCCCAGCAACCCAGAGAGUGUUUAAUAAGCCCUGAGGAGUCACACCUAAUGGAUCAAAAUUCCUUAAGACAGACAGCUGCUCCGUCAACCAGUGCGAUCAGCAGCCAAGAUUACUGGACUGGACACCUGGAUUUCGAGCAGGGGUUUCAACUGCCGGAUGUGCCCAGUGACCCAGGGAUUAUGUCUUCCCCGAUGACUACGGACUUUAGAUUUCCUGUGACCCAUGAAGAAAUCCUAAAUAAUAGCAACAAAUAUAUCCAGGAAAAGCAAGACCAGCAAUAUUCUAACUACCAUGUGCCUUUGUUGUCCCUGGACACAGAGUUUGCAGAUGUGACACAUCCUCUGCAGGUGCUCCUCCCUGCUAAUCUCCCAUUCCUCAGUUCUGAAGUCCUCAGGCUUCUUGAGGUCCAUGUUAAAAAAUGGACACAUUUCCAGAGAUGGGGACUCCCCAGACGUGUAGAGGAAUCCCUGAGGCAGCUUAUGCCAAAACCUCCCUUGUUAUACAAGCCUGGAGACAGCCAACCAGUUUCUUUCAUCAUGAAUGAAACCUCUCAUGCCUGUGUGGAAACAAUUGAGAAGAUUCCCCACUACACCGGGAGUCCGUGGGUGGGCGCCCAGCCCACUCAGGCUUUCUGGAUUUCUGAAUGGUCCAUAACAGAUCCAAAACGAUGCCACAACUACCAGAAAGCUCCAGACCCUCUGGCUGUGGCUUUGCACCCUCCAGCCUUUAAAGUCCUAAGAGGCCUCAAUAUACAACCUGUAAAACAGGCUCAAGAUUCAAGGGAUUAUCUGAAGAAGAAGCAGAGUCAGUUAUUCUGUGGCCUCCCUUGUCUCCACAGUGAGUCCCUAGUUAACACCUUCAUGGACUCACUGAUCCUGUCUACAAACAGGAGCAUGUCCCAGCCCUCCCUGAGCGUUCCUUUUUUCUUGAAAGAGCCCUCCUUCCUCCCUCUGCUGCCAAACCGCUCGGCCCAGUCAGCCCCACCUUCAUCUCCACCUUCCCCAAUAUGGAAGUCCCCACUGGACCAUCAGCAAACCCAAAUCCAUUUCCCACUUCUGACACUGGCUGAGUAUGAAACCUUGGAGUGGCACUUGCUGCAGAAGCAGCUCCAGCUUCGGUGGGACUUGCCAACUGUUUUCCUGAGGUCUCAAUCUGAUCAGAACUCCAUGCUUUUUGAAUCCUAUGACACAGCCCAAACUCCUGAGACUAUGCAGGCUUCCUGGCUCACAAAGCCUGUCUCAGUCCUCACGAAAGAACUACUCUUCUUCCCAGACCAAUCCCGAAGGCUGCUGGAGAUCCACCUCCAGAAGAAGCUGAUUUACUAUCACUGGGGCCUGCCCCAGAAAAUCAAGCAGUCCAUUCAAUCACUUUGGUCUCCUGCUAAGCAGCAGCCCCUGCCCUGGAGCAACAUAGCUCUCCAGCCUGAAGCAUCAGAGGCCAAUGGGGUUAGUGACUCGAUCUCAUUGACCUUGGCUCCAGGGUCACUUCCUUUGUCACAUUUGCUCAUCCAAGCCAAAGCAAUACUACAGAGCCACAUCCAUUCCAAAUGUUGGCAGAUCCGCCAGGGCAAUAUUCCUAACCGUGUAUCUAUCUCUUGGGACUGCAGAAUUUCUGGAAGUUUGGCAGUGACUCCUUUGCCCUGCAUCUUUAAAACCAAGUGCUUAGAGUUGCAGGCAGCAGCUGAUCCUGACCUCCAUCAGAAAGUCUUACCCUGGAUACCAACAGGCAUUAAGCAGCAGCAGGGCUCACCAGAUGCUGUCGUCAAGGAAACUAAGCUGCCACAACCCCUGCCUGAAGAAGCGAUUAAAAAACUAGAGGCAGCAUUACAGCAUAAGUAUUCGGCAUUCUUUUCAAGACUUCCUGCUCUCUAUUAUGUGGCUCUUUCUAAGACCCUGGCCCCCAAAAUCCCUAAUCAAUCUAUAAUCACAGAGAAAAUCUCUGAGUCUGUCCAAAUCACUACAGAACCUUUGACUGAAAUGAUCUCAUACGCAGAGCAAUGCACAAGCUAUGUGACUGGCUUUGAGAAAUAUAAGACCUCUACAGAGAGCACCCUAGAGACCACGAUUCAAGAGCAAGAGAAAAAAACUGUGGAGGUGGCACCUAGAGAAGGUCCAGCAGCUACUGGUCUUCCUAAUUCACUCAAAGCCACCGCCUUAAGCAAACUGAAUUUCCACCUCAAAAGAAAGGUCCUAGAAAUACAUUUGGGAAUUCCUGCAAAAGUAAGGGAGUCCCAGAAGCAAAUCGCAGCCUUCUCAGAGAAAGUUUACACACGAGAGUCACUUCGGAAUCUAGCCAAUGAAAGUAAAAGAUCUCUCCAUGAACAAUUAAUCUCACUAAAAAUUUCACAAAACUUAGAUCCAAAGUGGAUUCACCUGAAAGGACAGCUAGUUGCUGAGUUAAAGGGCUUACUGAAGAGCCAGACGCAAGCUGCUUUCAAAAGAGCUCCUGGUUCUGCCCAGUGGGUUUCCAAGAUCUCACAGCGCAUCAGGGACCAGAUAGGUGCUCAGGUGCUUUGUGCUCGGGCAGAAAUCAGAGGAAAUAGCCCCAGUCUGGAAGAGACAUGGUAUCACAAGUCCCAAAGCCUUCACAAGAGCAAAGAUGCUACCCAAGUGUCCAUGCUGGCCAAGAGCAAAGAGCCCCCAGGGAAAUUCAAACCAGCAGUGGACCAUGGAGAAGGAGAUGCAGGGUUUGGGUUCCCCUCAGCUAAAGAAAACAGAGGCUCGGCUAAAGACCAGAGACCAGCGAGGACACGUUUAGAUGAGAUGUCCCAAGGUCCCUGGCAAAGGUUUCAUAGCCUUGACCUUGUUACCACUUGUCAGCAGAAUCUGCAGCCCUGCCGUCACCUUAAGCUUCCAGAGCUCCUUUCAGGAGUCCUUGCGGGGAAAGAAUACAAAAAGAACAAUGUGAAAGGUAGUCAGGACAAGGUGAAUAUCUUUUUAGAACCAGGCAAGGUUCUUGGGACGGCCCUGCCUGUGGUGUCCCAGGCUUCUCAGAACCAGCCUCUGUCAGACCCACUAAUGGAGGGUUACUCUUUGAAUAGCCAAACUUUGAGGAAUGAGCUGGGUCAGAUGAAGUCAGGCCAUACUUACAAGAACUUCUCCCUUUCAGAAUAUACCUUAAAUAAAAUGAAACAUGCCCUGAACGACAUUAAACCCAAUCCAAACUGCAAAGUAGAUAAAAACCCUAAACAUUCUCUGACAGAGAAAGUGACCAAAACAAGGAAAAGAAAUGCUGAGAAGCCGAAUGCAGACCCAGCCAAAGGUCCUGUGGGGAGAACUAAGACAGAAAAGACAACAGCUUAUCUCAAAACCCAAUCAUUUGCCUCUGAGAAGCAUGUGGGCCUGAUCUUGAAGGGCCCACAGGCCCCAGAAAAUCAGCUCCGAUACCGCUUUCAUCAAGUCCACUCUGCCUCAGUCCUGGGCCACCCCCACUACUGUCCUAGGCACUGCCCUUACAUGGCUUAUGCCACCCACCCAGGGAUCUCACCCUAG